GCUGCACAUGCAGUCCAACAACUUUGAAAUUUAGGCGCGGUGAUGUCAACUCGUCAUGCAAAUGGCUCCUCCGCCCCCCCAAGUGUCCCGUGGCCAACAAGUAUUGCCUUUGCCACUCGCCACCCUUCCAUUGACUAUCCGUUGCCAACCUGCGUCUGGGGAGGAGACGCCACGAGAACCCGCUCCCAGCACUGUCUUCAGUUUCGGAAGCCCUUGUGUGAAGUCGCCAUUCAACGAUAGCUCGGUUCUCACGAACGCAUAACCGAACUCCCACGGGCAAACCGACGACGACCAAGCACCAUGCCUGCUCUCUCUUGGAGGCAAAAGUGGGCUGAGAAGGGCGGGUUUGUAGCUGAUCCACAAGGAUGGAGUCUUCCGUCAAAACUUGACAUCCCAACGAAAUCCCGCCGCAGCUACGUCCUAGCCCGCAUCCUCGACUGGGUGCUCAUAAUCGUGUGCUUGAUCUUGACCCAAGUCUUCUACGCCUAUGUUACCAAGCCAGAAAUUUACUUCAACGUCAAUGACCAAUUCUACAUGGCACCCGUCCUUCCGGACAGGGUAUCUUCCUUUUUAUCUACGGUGGUCUCGGUCGCCAUCCCUAUCGCACUGAUAGUGAUUUUGAACUUGGUGUUUUACACCAGUUGGCCGGAUAUGUAUCAUGCUGUGACCGGGCUGGUUCAGGCUUUGGCAAUGACGAUGGUCACAUGUUCGUUCCUUUGGGCCACCAUCGGCGGGCUUCGUCCAUACCACAUCACGAAAUGCGAUCCAGAUCCAGCAAAGCUCGUUGCAGGACAGCUCUAUUAUACCGAGUCUGUUUGUCGCACGAAACUUGAAAAGGUUGAUUUGAACGGCUUUCCCUCCGGACACGCGGGAUCGGCAUUUACGUGCUGGGUCUUCCUGUCAUUCUGGAUGCAUGCAAAGCUGAAGCCAUACAAUGGAACAGCACAAUUCUACAAGCUUCUCGUCACAUUCAUCCCACUGAUCGUGGCAGGGUACAUCUCGCUGACACGCAUCAUGGACUUCCACCACACUACCGGACAAGUUCUCACCGGUAUGGCGAUCGGCAUCACGGCGGCUGUCUUUGCAUACAAACUCAACUAUCCGAUGCACGGAUGGUUCUAUGGGGAGCGCCAUGGGAACGGGGACAUCCCAGCGUAUGUUUUACCGCGCUACACACCGGCCCGCAGCGGCAGGCAAACGAUGCCAGAUGGGACGGUCGCCCCGCGUGAUUACUCGGCGGAAGAAGGCUCGCGUGCUAACCUGCAGAACGAGAUGUCUGGGACUGCGAUUCAAGUGGAUUAGACUUCUCUCAUAUAGAAUCCCUAUGUACAUAAUACGUCUAUAUACUGUAUCAUAUUUUUAGAAAAUCUGCCGCAUGCGUGAG